AUGCCUGACACACAUUUGGAAGUCGCGUAUGACGACCAGUUCUAUUUUGACCUCUUGAACCCUGCGGAUGGGGAUGGAGAUGCCAAUGGCAGCUUGUUUGGUGACAGCCCUAUCGGCUUGACGACCAACUCCACUCCGCCAAAGCCAGCAUCUACCGCAGACAAGGGAAAGGGCCUUCCGCUUCCCCUGCCACCUGCACCAGAGACGUCGACUGUGAGUGGUGGUGAGUAUAUGAAAUCGAAGCCGGUGGAACCGGCGGCUCCUUAUCAGCUCACUCUCCCUCCUUUGCCCGCCCAGGACCCGGUUCUGAUGCUGAGCGCCCAUAUGAACGGCACAGACGCAACAACCGGGGAUGUCGGACUAGGCAUUGCAUCAAGCUUGCCAGGUUCUGCCUUUGAUGCGAUGCCAAAUCAAGUUGUAAGCUCACAGCAGGCGAGCAAUGACCCGUUUGAGGGCUUCAGUCAUCUCCGGCCCUCCGUCUCUGGUGCUAACCAGCCACUGACACAGCAGAUGAACAAUCAUGUUUCUGUCUCUGAUCCGCACAGGCUGCGGCCAAAGGUGGACAAGUUCGACGACAAACUAUCCAACAAGCGAACAAAGAACCGGCCGAACCCACAAGACUUCUAUCACCCAACCCCCAGGCGCGAGGCCUGGGGCCCGCCUGACCACCGACAGAGGCCCAUGUUCCGCUACACAGAGUUCGGCGAGCUCGAGGGCGACAUCAGGUUCAACAAGGACUCGCUGGGCCAUUACAUGCAGGGCUGCAAGCAGAAGAACAUCCCGCUGCGGAUUUGGAUCCAGCACCCGCCCUCACAGAGCAACUGGCGCUAUCCGCUGAACGCAGAGUCCUCCAAGUGCCGCUCCCACGAGUGCCCCGUGAACAACCGCUCGGUCCUCAAGGGCAUGAUCCGCGUCGCUUUCGACGAGAGGCCCGCAGAUUCGGGCGUCAUCCACGACCCUUUCCACUGCGCCGGCUACAUGCACCUCUUCUGCCUCGAGAAGAUCGUGAACAUCUACAAGUUGAUGUGUACCGGGGUCAUGAACAUGAUGCCCGACACGCGCGUGCUCCACUGCGAGGACAUCAACCCCAUGGCCCUGAACCGCGACGACGACGGCCUGGUCUACGAGUUCCGCAAGUGGCAGGAGGAUCAGGCGACGAUCCGCAAUCCCGAUGGCGAGUUCGGCGCGAUCCCCUUCGACAAGGACCGCGACCUUCUGGUCAAGAGGUUGACGGCGGAGCACAUGAGGCUCCAGACAGCGGCCCGGGAAGCCGCCCGCGACGACCGCAAGAGGACCAGGGAGGACGAGGGCGGCAUCAUUACCGACAUUGGCGUGUGGGGCGGCGAUCUCGAACACUAUGCCCAGCUGAAGCGCUCCGAGGUGAACCGAAAGAGGGACGCCCGUGACGCUGAGAAGGCCAGGCUGAGGAAGAAGAGGAAGGCACAGAGUGGUGAUGCCAUUGAGAUUUCCGACGACGAGGAUCUGGACGAGGGAGUACGGGUUCUCAGGUCGCACAAGCGGCCCCGCGCGGAUCCUAUCUUUGGCCAGGUCGACUACCAGCAGCAGCCAGAAGCCCCGUCCACGGACUUUGAUCUGCGCCCUCCGAUCAUCUCACCUAGGGAUGCCCAGCUGGACUAUCAGCCUGCUCAGUAUCACACCUCUGAACUGUUUCAGAUGGCUUACGAGCAGCAGAUCCAUCCACAGUACCAGCCAUACCCACAACAGCACCAAGUCCCUCCGCAGCAUCACCUCCCUCCGGACUAUCAGACGCCGGGGCAUCAGAUCCCACAACAGCCUGGCCCAGGCGCGCCCCCCGCGCCUGAACCCGCGCCUGAAACCGCGCCUGAACCAGUACCUGAAUUUGAAGGACCCAUCACCCGUCGCCGGAGCAAAAUCUUGGCCGCGAACGGAUCGCUGGCUUCGCCUCGUCUGCCUGCUAUCGACGAGAAUGCAGCCUAUCCGCCCAAGCGCGAGACGGCCCGGACGGACUUGGGCGCUGCUCCGUUGAAUUCGCCGGGCCCUCAUGGUCCGGGCAUGGACCAGAGGCUUCUGCGUCCCCGACGCAAGCGUGAGUGGGCCGACUUUGACGAGGGUGGCGACAACCACAUUCUCGCAAGGUGGGAGGUCGAGAAGUAUAACUAUAAGCGCACUGCUAGAAAGCGUGGUCGUUAUAACUCUCUUCCUUUCUGA